AUGGCGAAAGGGCGAAAGCAAUCCACAAAAAAUCGAUCGGAUACUCAAGAAACUAAUGCCUCUUUAAUGGCUCGUUGGCGCGGAACAAGCACUAAAGACGUCAAACGCACGAUUCAACAAGAGGAACUUGAAUUAGGUUUUAUUCGAAAACCUCGUGGAAAAUAA